AUGGCUGACCCCGUAGGGCUGGCCAUGUCUGGGAUGAACCGUCGGCAGAACGCGAACCACCCGGAGGAUCAGGAGCCCUCGUACAACGGUAGGAGAGGGGAGGGAGGCACAUGGGCGGGCAUUUGAGGGAGGCGGGGGAUUGGGUGGGUGACUGAGUGGUCCAUGUGCUGUGUGUGAUGUGUGUGAUGUUGUGUGUGGUGUUCAGGUCCCUUGAAGGUCGAGUUGCGUUUGGAGCAGAAGGCGCUGCCCCAGAACCGACAGAUGGAGCUCUUCGCCGUGGUCGAACUCAAGCAGCCCAACAAAGACCAUGACAAGAAGAAAUUCGCCGGCAAAAAGGUAGGUAACCACACACACACACACCCUCUCACCCGCACACAAUCCCUUGUCUGUGUCGGUCCUUCAGCGUUCCAUUGAGGACGGGCCUGCCCCUGCGGCGGCUGCAGCUGCAGCUGCUGCCACAGGCACGAACAACUCGACCACUGACGAGGAGCUGCCUGAGGAGGAGGGUGGCAUCGAGGGUGUGCCGAUGGAUUUGGUGUGCGUGCUGGACAUCAGCGACUCCAUGUGUGGGCCGAAGCUGGACAGCGUCCGCGAGACCAUGGACUACAUCAUCCAACACGCUAUGAAGGAGACUGACCGGUGGGGGUGGAGGCGGGCGACGCCAGGAAUACCUUAUCUUAUCUCUCUCUCUCUCUCUCUGUGUGUGUGUGUGUGUGUGUCAGUUUGGGCAUAGUGAUGUUCGACUCGGUGGCCGAGGUGCUGCUGCCGCUCAAGAAUAUGACACCCGAGAACAAGUCGGCGGCCAUGGUCAACGGUAUGCAAUCAACUCACACACACAUGGACACCCACACGCACACAUGGAUGGAUGGGUGGAUGAAUGUGUGUGUCAGUUAUGCGUUUGGCGUCUCGCGCAGCACCAAGAACUUCGUCUCGUCCAUCUUCAUGA